AGGUAUCACCAUACUUUUUGGCGUAAUUGCUUACUGACAGCAUCAUUAUUUUUGUUCAAUUAUAUGAAAUUCUGAUAUUCUCAAAUAACACUCUAUACAAGUUCAUCUAGAUAGUUUAGAAGGGAGUCGUCUCCUCAUACUGCUGGUGUCGUGAAAGAGAGACAUUGUUCUUAAAAUUUCACAGAAUUUGGACUCUGUAGGAAAGUAGGCGCCGAGACUUUGAAGCAAAGAUGGGGAGGGCAAAAUUGAAACUGCAUAAAUUGGAUGGUAGCAACCGUAUAGGAGUAUACUCAAGGCGAAAGAAAGGUCUCUUGAAGAAAGCUAAUGAGCUUUCAGUAUUGUGCGACAUUGACAUCUUUCUUGCCAUGUUUUCACCAAGCGGAAAGCCUAGUGUAUACAAGUCAGAGAGCAGUAGCUUUGAGGACAUGAUUACCAAGAUUAUCGAAGUAAAUCCAGAAGAAAGGGCAAAAAGGAAGAUGGAGUGUCUUGAAACAAUAAAGAAAGCUUGCAAGAAGUCUGAUCACGAUGUAAAUAUCGGAGAACAGCUCUGUCCUGGGGAUUUGACAACGGAGGAUAUAAAUUUUCUCUCACAUUCAUUAAGAAUUCGACUUUCAGACAUCGAGGGUAGACUCAGGCUUUGGAAGAAUCUUGACAAGAUUGACAACAUUCAACAACUUAGGAAAUUGGAAGACUCAAUUUCUAAAUCUCUUAACGAAAUCGCAAAGCAUAAGUAUGGGAUUAGAUCAUUAAUUUUUAGUGCUGGGGAAGAUAUUCAUCCUUCUUCAGUCCAACAUGGUAUGGAUUUACCUUCAAACUUUGAUGCUAGGAAAGAGCCCCAUCCAUGUUCAUUAAUCCAUGGUUGUGAUAGUGAAAAUACGGACGUGUACGAAGACCUGACUUCAUUUGGUUCAUCUUUACCUUCUGAUACUGGGCAAGACUUCCAGGCUUCUUCACUGAUGCAGCAUGGGAUUAACGCCUGGCAAGAGCUCUAUAGAUGCUCAUCAGUCCACGGUGGUAAUAAUGAAAAUAUGGAUGUGUACGAGGACUUAAAUUCAUUCCCACUAGGGUAUUUGGAGGAACGGUCUUUUUCUUUUGAGAGCUACACAAAUCUUGUUUGCAACAAAGAAAUUGAAAUAUCUAAGCCGGAAUCCAAAUUUUUUGUACCUGAUGAAAUGUUUCUGGAUUGUGAAUUAAAUCAGGAAGAUAUUGAAAGAGAGUUUGGAUUUACUUUUGAUGUGCCACAAGUUGAACUAAUGGAUGCCCACGGAAAUAUUUUGGGCUGUAGCACCAACAAUGGUUCCAUACUUCCUCAUUCUGAUUUUGUUAACAUCCAUGAUAGUUCAACGUCAGCAUCUGGAGCUUGUGACAAUAUGAUGUUAGCUGAAUCUCUAAACUUUCUUUAUGGGAUGGAUUCAUUAAGUUCUGAUGAUGGAGAAGAAUUUUCAACUUAUUCUUCGAUCAAGCAUGGGACAAAUUCACUUUCAGCUCAGCUUAAUGUAGGGUUAUCAGUCCAUGGCAGUGCUAGUGAAAAUAUGGAUGGAUACAACAACCUAAACGUAUUUGAUGCAUCUUUAAAAUUUGAUGAUGAGCAAGAAUUUCAUUCUUCAUCAUCGAUCCAGUAUGGGAUGAAUUCACCAGUAAGUUUUGAUGCUGGGCAAGAGAGGAAUCGAUCUUCAUCAGUCCACGGUGGUGAUAGUGAUAGUAUUAAUGGAUAUGAGGACCUAAAUUCGUUCGUACAAGGGUUUUUAGAGGGUCCCUCUGUAUCUCUUGAGAGCUAUACAGAUCCUGCUUGCGAACAUGAAAUUCAAAAUUGCAAGCCUGGAUAUGAAAAAUGUGCAGCAGAUAAAACGUUUCUUGAUUGUCAAAUAAAUCAGGAAGAUCUUGAAAUAGCAUUUAGAUCUACUAUUGAUUUGCCACUGGUAGAGAAAAUGGAUGCGCAGGAAAGCACUUUUGACUGCCUCAACAAAGGUUUUGGAAAUCAACAACUAACAUCCAUCAUAGUGUAGAACCGGAAUUUGUGACGAUAUGACUCUCUCAACUUUCCUCAAGCUUUGUCUGAUGUUGAUUUUGCUGGUGUCUUCAACUCGACUCAUUUAUGGACAUGCGAGCUGAAGCUCUAUAGGUCUCCUUCAAUCCAUGGCUACAUGCAAAGGAAACCUUAAGGGCUCCAAUACCAUGCCACAUUACCAAAGGGAAUUGGAAUGCCAAAUUUGUAAUAUAUUUCUU